AUGGAGUCACAGGAUCGCUCAGCAAAGCCUUUCCGCUUGAUUUGUUCAGUCCCAGAUUUUUUAAUAUUAUUAUUGGAGUUUAAUUGCUUUGCAGUGCUGUGUUCGUUUCUGCUGCACCAAGUGAAUCAGCUCUAUGUAUACAUGUACCCCCUCUGUCUUGAGCCUCCCACCCUCCCAUCCCGCCCCUUAGGUCACCGCAGCACCGGGGAGCUCCCCGCGCUCUGCAGCUGCCUCCCACUAGCUGUCAAGGUUUUCCAGAUGGUGGUGACAUAUGUCAGUGCUGCUGCCCAGCUCGUCCCACCCUCUCCUUCCCACCCCAUUUCUACAUGUCCGCUCUCUACAUCUUCGUCUCCAUUCCUGCCUGCAGAUAGGUUCAGCUGUGCCAUCUUUCUAGAUUCCAUCUAUAUGCAUUAA